AUGGGUUGCUCUGUAAUAAGAUCAUAUCAUGCGUCUAUGAAUCCUACUUGUGAAGUGUCUAACAAUAAAUUUUUUAAACCAAAUGAAAGCCAGAUUAAUCAAAUAAGCAACUGCAAUGAGUCAAAUGCAGAUUAUUCCAAAAGUUUUUCAAAGUCAAAAGUAUUCGUUUUCAAUGUAAACGCUGGGCAAUACAUUAUUGAGAUCUCUGCGCCGAAGUCUCUGGAGAAGAUAUAG